AAGUCAUCAUACAGUACUCAAUCCACUUUGUUACUGAAGACUGCAUAUAACAACAUACACACAAGCGUGGUGGUCCGCUGCUGUCCUCGCUGCUGGCCUCCUGCCACGUCCUGCCCUGCCUGGCGCACAGAGCCUUCGCUGCUGCGCUUGUGGCGCCCUGCCUGCCUACGUCAUCCAGGCCGCGGUUACGUCAUCACGUCUAGCCUGCUACCGUCGCGCGACGCUUGAGCAGGUUAGCGCCGGGCUGCCGUCAGGGAUGUUUGCGCGGGAUGUGCUGCCUCCUCACUCCACGUCCCGUUCGAGCCGCCCAUCCAAUAUGCAGCUUUCCAGCAGCCUGCGCAGCGCCCGCUCCGCUGCUGCCAGCAGCGGGUGCGCCCUGGCUCCCCGACCGGUCGUGGCGUGCCGCCGCGUCACGCCGUCCGUCACCCGGCCCGGCCCCUUCACCAUCGCCACCGGCCCGCUGCUGCCUGCCUCCCGCAGCAAGGCCGGCGGCGGCAUCCGUGUAUUCAGCUCUGCGCUUUAUGAGUUUGGCCAGCAACUCAAGGAGGACCUUGAACAUGACCUUAGCCGGGCGCGUGUUGAUGCCAUCACAAACAAAACUCGCAUCGCUGAGCUCGAGCAGCAGCGGCGCAUCCUGAUGGCGGUGGGUGGCAUGGCAGACGACGAGCCCGAGCUGAAGGCGGCGUUGAUGCAGCUUGAGGAGAUCCUGGGAGUCAGCUUCAACGAGCUGCAGCUGAUGCUGGCCGAGACGCUCGCCGACCACCCCGCCAAGAUGGACAACCUGGCUGCCAUGGCCGCCGUGGUGGGCACCGGCAGCGACGGCGGGGGCGACGAGAGCGGCGACCGCCGCACUGCCGACGCCGCCGACGCCGACGGCGACGGCGACGGCGGCGAGCGGGCCUGGCUGCGCUUCAAGGCUGAUGUCCGCGCCUGCCUGGCCGAUCUGCGCAACAGGAAGGGUGGCAUCACGCUGCAUCGCGCCAUCGUCAAGGACAUGGUGAGCGCCUCCAGCAACCCCGGCGCCCGCCGCUCGAGCAGCUCCGUGGACAAGAUGGCUCGUGAGGAGCUGGAUCGGCUGAUGCCCUUCCUGCUCGAUGACUUCCUGGACAACAUGCCGGGGCUCAAGGCCGCGUUCACGGGCAAAGCAGAGCCCGGUGCCGAGGGUGAUGACGGCGAGGACGAGGAGGAGGGCGAGGCGCAGGGCGUCGGCGAGGACGCGGUGGACAGCAGCAGCGGCGGCAGCGGCGGCGGCGGGGUGCUGUCCUGCACGGCCUGGCAGCAGGUGCUGGGCCGCACGGUGCCGGCCAGCAGCCCCACGCUGGCGCUGGUGCUGGCGCGCGGCUACCUGGCCAUGGCGCCGCGGCAGUACCGCGCGCUGGCGCUGGUGCGGAUGAUCCUGCCCGGCAAGACUGGCGGCGGCGUGGACGGCGCGCUCACGCGCAAGGAGGGGCUGAGCCUCCUCAAGAAGCUCCGCCCUGGUAUCAGCGGCCUGGCUGACAAGGACAAGCAAUGGCUGGAGUGGGUGAUUGCCCGGCUGGCGGCGGAGUUCGCGGUCCAGCCCGCCGGCGAUGGCCACGAGCCCGAGCCCAAGCGCCCCGAGCUGCCUCCCACUGCUGUGCAGCGUGAGCCCCCGGCGGAGGAGCAGCACAAGCCCACCGCCGGUGCGCGCGAUUCCCCGAACAUGUAACGGCGCGUCCCAUGUAUGAGCUCCGGGCGGGGGGCAGUUGCGGUGAGGAAAGGGCUGCUUCUUGCUGGGCACGAGCCCAUGAAGCCCACGGCAGCGACGCAUGCAUGCCACCGAAUCGUUUGUGAGGGGUGAAUGGCUUGGCGUGCGGCGUUGACGGGUGCUGUACGGGUGAUGUCUUUACGUGAGCGCGGGCAUCCGUGUACCGGUUGUGCGUGUGUGGGACACUUCGUCCACGUGGGAUACACGAUCAGCAGGACUGGCUAAAGGCGUCGUGAAGCUUCUCAGGGAUGCGAACAUGCGGGGCUCGCUUGUUGCACACGCCGCGGCGGACAGCAACUUGUUCACUUGAUUGAUUGCAUGCUCUCUUGCGCCAGGGUAGCGGCAGAAGGGGCCAGGCGCAAAUAAAGGGGUGGCAGGGUGGAACAGGAACCGACAGUGUCAGACCUGGGCGUGUUACGCAGUGUUGCCAAUUGUGGCGUUCGUGAGCGCGGUGAUGCGGCGAGGUCACGCGCUUACGGCAUUAGCGCACCACUCUGUAACGGACCGAACCU